CCAUGGCUCAGAGCUGCUCCCUGCACAUAUCCGUCGGCAUCCUGAGCAUCGCUGGUGGUUCACUUCUGCUUUUGGUGAAUUAUUAUGGCAGCUCGCCUGAAAAAGCCUUCAUCCCCCACACUGCACUGGGGAUUCUGCUUCUCAUCAUCGCAGCACUUCUAUCUUACUCAGGUAUCCGUCACAGCCUGUCCCACGGCCGCCUGUUUUCCACUCUGUGUCUGACUGUUUCUGCUCUGUGGUGUGGCUCUGGUCUGGUGUAUAUCCUGGCAGGGCAGAGGGUCAUACAGCCCACAGAGCUUAGAUCAUCUCUUGUCCCUGGCCUUGCAGCAUUUACCUUGGCCUUGUUCAUCAUAGGCAGUGUUGCUGUUGUAGUAAAGAAAGCAGUUCUGUUCCUUAUAGGUGUCGGUAUCUCCUUAGCCUGUGCCCAUCAAAUCGCAGGUCUGUCAGCUACAGGUUUUGGCCAGUCUGCCACAGCUGCUAACUACCUCUUUGUCUGUCUGGUGUGUGUUUACUUCGGUUCUGGACGCCUGCUGUCCAUGAUCACUCACGGUAAAGUGGAGCUUCCAGGAACAGGUGUGAAGAAGAAAGCUGAGCUGAAAGCAGACCAAAAGCAGGGGUGUAAUGAUGCUGUUUCAGUAGGUUUGGUGAUGAACUUACUGUCUGCGUCCAUAUUGGCCUGUCCCCUGCUAGGUGUGGUCCCUGCGCUCUCUGUUAAUCAUGUCGCCUGGCUGUGGACAGCUGGCGUGUUCCAGCUCGGCAUGUGUGUCCUCUUUUACAGGGGUAUGGACACGCUCGCUGCCACUUUUUAUGGGUUCACUGCUCUGCUGAAAUUUGCAGAAGGUUAUAGUGCCCUGCUGUCAGUUUAUUCCAUUAAGCCUUCCUCCCCUGUUCCCUUUCCUGUUGUCUUCUCAGUGCUUUUCUUCAUACUGGCUUUGUUCAGUUGUCAGAAAAGCUUGCUAGAGGGGCUCUACCAGCUAUUCUUUGUAGCCUAUUGUAUUGCUCUUGCAGCUCAACCGCAAGGCUUCUUCCAAGGAGGCACCCAGGGUGUCCAGGCAGCUAUAUUUGUAGCUUCUGCUUGCAUGCUUUUGAUUACCACCUUUAACAUGGUUUCUAGUACCAUGAUUCCCACAGGGCAGGGCUGUUUCAAGGCUUUAGUAGGCAGGAUGCAGAGCAUUACUCUCAGAGCUCAUGAUAAAGAGCAACAUGCACCUCACCUGGGCUACUCUAAAUAUGCAGAUGCAGAGGUGUUAGGCCAUGCAUGCAGUGUGCUGGCUACAUUUGCAAUCACAGCCACAGUUGGUAACCAAAAUCCUCUCUAUGUGCUGAUACUACCCUGGGUGGUGAUGGCUGGUGGAGCACUGCAGCUGCUGUGCGGCUCAGUAGCUUUCGCUCGGGGUAAAACCUUUGAAAGCACAGUUUUUAUUCUCUAUGGGGUGAUGUGGACAGUGUGGGGGUUGACACGAUAUGGCGGCCUGUAUGGGGAGACCAGAGGUCUUAAUAUUGCUGUUGGGAUCAUUAGUUUCAUGGUGUUCAACUGUUUAGUGACAGCUGCAGCACUGUUUAUGAAUGUUGCGUGGUUUGUCUAUGCAUUUACCUUCCAGCUCAUACUCAUCAGCUUCCUCCUGGAUGCUGUCAACGCGCUGCCUUAUGGUUAUGACAUAGGAGUCACGAUCAUUUUUGGCCUUGUCAGUUUUUACUGUUUCUUGGCACACAUUUUCAACAUCACCUUCCAGUCCCCUCAGAUCCCCUUAGGAAAACCUUUAGUUAAGCUGAGUGGGGUAGGAGGAGGGGCAGCUGUCUGUCCACAUUUACCAGCCCGCAAGGCCACAUCUGUUCAGCAGAUUGCAGAAAUCAUGAAAAAUGGUGGCAUAUGCGGAAUGCCCACUGACACAGUCUACGUGCUGGUGGCAGCUUGCAACAGACCAGAUGCUGUGGUCAAAGCUUACAAGGUGAAGAAGCAGGCAGAGGACCGACCCAUGUCCAUGUGGAUCUCUUCCAUCAAGCAGCUGGAGCCAGUGCGACACCUGCUGAGCCCUCUGCUUCUGGACUUCAUGGAGGCUGCAUGGCCAUCCUCCAUUAGCAUGGUUAUUCCAAGAGGCCCAUGGAUGGAUACCUUUGGUUUGGGAGAUGCUGCCAAACACAUAGGGACUCCACAAAGCAUUGCUAUCAGAAACCCAGACUGUUCUGUAGCCACACAUCUUAUUAAUCUGGUGGGACCCAUUGCAGUAACCUCAGCCAACCCCACAGGUGAAGCAGAUACAACUCACCACAACCAAGUGUAUGCCAAACUGGGAGACAAGGUGGAUGGAGUCUUAUGUGAUGGACCCUCACCAGAGAACAUAGCAUCUACUGUGGUUGAUUGCACGAAGAUUGAAACUGGACAAAUUGGUUUCUUCAGAGUCGGUCUCAUUCCAAAAUCAAAGGUUCUUCAAAUCUUUGAGGAGGUUCAGAGACGGCACAGACAAGGGCAGACGAAUCCUACCUUUGAAGAUGAUAUGUUUCAACCAGUUACAGAAAGGGACAGUUCAGAAGGCAGAAGCACAGAAGAUUCAGGAAGAGAGAGUGAAAACUCGACAACCUACCCCUCUUCACCUGAGCCAAGUCCGGUCCUCAGGAAUGGAUCAUAGUGUUUAUGUAUUGCUUAAAAAUGCUGCAGUUUGUAAUAAAUGUCAUGUAUAUAACUGUUAUUAACUGAGAGAAAUCACAUUUUGGAACUGGAUGACUUGUAAAGUAAUAAAGUGUCUGAAAAUUCCAAAAAAUACAAAAUCUAUUUUUAACUGUUCG